AUGUUCUACAGCAAUGUGGGCAAUCACACCACAGUGACCAUGUUCCUUCUGUGGGGAUUUUCCAGUUUCCCAGAACUGCUAAAUUUACUCUUUGUUGUAAUUCUCCUUUCUCAUGUGACAAUUCUCCUAGCAAAUGCAUCCAUCAUGGUGGCCAUCAAGCUCAACCACAACCUUCAUAUCCCCAUGUAUUUUUUCCUCUUCACUCUGUCCUUUUCAGAAACAUGCACCACUAUGGUGAUUCUACCCCAGUUGAUGGUGGACUUGCUAUCAGAAAGCAAAACCAUUUCUCUCCCCAAGUGUGCCACACUGAUGUUUUUCUUCUUUGGAUUGGCAGCCAACAACUGUUUCAUCUUGUCUGCCAUGUCCUAUGACCAUUACACUGCCAUCCACAACCCCCUGCAUUAUCCCAUUUUCAUGACUAGAAAAAUAUGCUUCCAGCUUAUCAUGACCUCUGGUGUGACUGGCUUCUCAGUUUCUCUGUGUAUUGUAAUCAUAAUAUUCAACUUAUCUUUUUGUAAUUCCAACACCAUUCAGCACUUUUUUUGUGACAUUGCACCACUGGUUGCCCUUGCCUGUAACUGCACUUUUCUUCAGAAGCUGAUUCUCCUUACGUUCACCAUAUUUUUGUUGGUGGGCAGCUUUAUUUUGAUCAUGGUUUCUUAUGUCUUCAUUGUGUCCAUAGUUGUGAAGGUGCCCUCUGCAAAGGGAAGGUAUAAGACAUUUUCAACUUGCUCCUCCAACUUCACUCUAGUGUUCAUACAUUAUGGGUUUGCUUGCUUUGUCUAUCUGAGGCCUAAGAAUGGUAACACAUUCAGAGAUGACAAACUGAUGGCAGUGACAUACACGGUUCUGACACCUCUGCUGAACCCUAUUAUUUAUAGUCUACGGAACAAAGACAUGCAGACAGCCCUGAGAGAAAUACUGGGUCACGGAAUUAAGGGCUUCCCUAAUAUGGUAAAUAAAAGAGCUCAGAACAUUUGA